CAGCAUACAUAACCAGACCAAUAAACCCGCUUCCCAUAGUUUUACUUCGGGCAGCUAGCUGUUGCACUUCGCACGGGCUCGGAAUUCGGCAGAAAUGGCUCUGGCAGACACGGCACGUGGAAUAUCUAACGGCGAAGGCUCCAGAUCCCCCUUUUCUGAAAUAAUAGAAUUGAAUGUCGGGGGACAGGUUUACGUUACUCGACACACAACUUUGAUCGCCGUCCCAGAAUCUCUUUUGUGGAACAUGUUCAGCCAAAAAACCCCGCAGGAGCUGGCUCGAGACAGCAAAGGGCGAUACUUUUUGGACAGGGACGGUUUUUUGUUCCGUUAUAUUUUGGACUACCUGCGCGACCUCAACCUAGUUCUGCCCGAUUACUUUCCCGAGAAGUGCAGAUUGCAACGGGAAGCCGAUUUUUUCCAGCUGCACGAGCUCUCCAAGCGCCUCGGCCCCAAAGUGAGUAAGGAGGAUUCCAUCUGCGAGGAGAUCUCCCAGAGCGACCCCGAGGAGGCUGCGGUCCUGAGCGCGCUCGCCGGCACCAGCUUGGAAUCUACUCGCCUCGUGCCAUCCGUCAGUGGCUCCAAUACGCGCUCUCCGUCCCUGGAAGCCCGUAAAUCUGGGUAUAUAACAAUAGGAUACAGGGGCUCCUAUACCAUUGGGAGAGAUAUUCAAACCGAUGCCAAAUUUCGGCGGGUAGCCCGGAUCACGGUGUGCGGGAAGACGUCUCUUGCCAAAGAAGUGUUCGGAGAUACCCUGAACGAGAGCCGGGACCCGGACAGACCUCCGGAGCGGUACACGUCCCGUUAUUAUCUUAAGUAUAAUUUUUUGGAGCAGGCAUUUGACAAGCUGACCGAAGUGGGGUUUCACAUGGUCGCUUGCAGUUCCACGGGCACUUGCGCGUAUGCCAGCAACGACCCAAACGAGGACAAAAUCUGGACAAGCUAUACCGAGUAUGUGUUCUGUCGAGACUGACUUUUGGAGAGGGUAAGGUCUGAAGUGCCUGAAUUUAGGCGGAGGAAAACAGCGGUUGAUUGACGUAAAUAAAGAAUGACUUGUUAUUCCAUGCUUCUGUAAAUUGGCACCACUCUUAUAAUUCUGGUUAAUUCCCAGUAGCUUCUCUUAAAAAUGUAACCGUGUUUCAAAAAUGUCUUGAUAGUUCCUUGAAAUACCAAAUUAAUGUCACAUGUUGACAUACGUCAAGUAGUUAUUUAUGAAGGCUGUUGUGAAGCUUACAGUUGGCUGUCAUAGCAGUCGCAUACUCACUUGAAUUUCACUUGAUUUUACAGUGAUGUGCAAACAGCUCGGGAUUGGGUGUCCAGGCAUUUCUGAUACUGUAUUCUAAGAAAGAUAUAAUUAAAUACAUGCAUAAAAUGAAUAAUAAUCAUACGCACCCAUUAUCCACUAUUAGCUUUAUUACCCUUUAUUAUAUAAACGAUUCACAACGUUCAGUAGUAUCUUUCACUGCAGGUAAUGAGGUGGAAGUUAAACAUUUAGUAAUUGCUUUGUAAAUCCACGUGGUUCUUUGCAAGUUGUGCUGUGUGAAACUAAGCAUUUUGCACACUUCACAUUAUUUUUUCAAUGUCCAGAAUCAAUAGCUGUUUGUGAAUGUGUUUCUACUAAUUAUAUAUUUUUUUACAAAUAAAUGUUGUACAGUGGAUGCCCUAAAUGUGCUGUCAGUUUAGUCCACUUUGUGCCAAAAUAUAUAUAUUUCUUUUUUCAGGAUAUAGCUUCUGUAGACUAUUCUGAAAAGUUUAAAUAACAGCCUAUAACCACUCAGUUUGUUCUGGGAGUACAGCUCAGGAUUUGGUCCUGCACUGUUAUUAUUAGCUUAUUAUUUGCCUUUUAGCCCUUAGUGGAAUUAAUUAUCAUCAGACCUGAGAAACUAGUCGCGCUGUUUUAAGUCAUUGUUUAGUUUAAUGAGCAGAUCGUGUCCUUUUCCUUUCUGUAAAAUUUCUACUGCUGGGAUCUUGUGGAGAGGAACAUAUAACCCACCAAACUUUCCAAAUUUAAGUUCAGUGGUUCUUUUAAAUCUUGAAAGCUUUCUUGCUUAAAUCAUUCUCACUAUACAGCUCUAUAUUUGUGUGUGUUUUCAAAUGUGUCUGAAUGCACGGCCAUGCAUCUGUCUAGUGUUGUACUCCUCCUGCAUUCAAAUGAUGAAAUAAAGUCUUUGCUUUGUGAA